AUGUUUGCUGAUGAUUUAGUUUUGGUAGGAGAAAAUCUGGAAGAAGUUAAUAAUAGGUUGGAUAGAGGAAGAUACCAAGGAUUUGAGGGUAUGAGGAGACCAAUGACAAUAAGUGGUGAUGUGAAAGGUGAAUUCGAGAACUUUAAAUAUUUAGGAUCAUUUGUACAAAAGGGCGGGGUCUUUGGCAUAGAUGUAAAACAUAGAAUUAAGUGUGGUAGGUUGAAAUGGAGAGAAGCUUCGGGCGUUUUAUGCGAUAAGAAAAUUCCAAUGAGGCUGAAAGCGGUUGAUAUGAGAAUAGAACAUUGUAUGAGUGUUGCGGAAAUGAGAAUGCUUAGAUGGACAAGUAGAGUGACAAGAGAAGAUAGAAUAAGGAAUGAGUAUUUGAAAG